AAUUUCUAUAUAAAGGAUGAGUAAAAUUAUUUGUGAUUCUGAAUCACAGAUUGAACGCUUAUUUUUUAAAUCUUGAUUCAUUUUUGACAUUUGAAUGCUUCUCCAUAUCGAUAGGUAAAUAAAAAAGUCGAUAGUAUCGUUCAUCAUUACUUUUCUUACACAAGCUGACAUGUACGUAAUGUUGUAUUUUAAAAGUCAUAUGUAAACGUGGAAUUUAGUAUUAGUUUUGAUUGUGGCAGUUUUAUCGUUCUUAUUAUUUAAUUAUGGGUUUUGUUAAUUCAAAAGAAGCCACCCUGGCUUUUCUUUCUUUAAUAUAUCCAAUUUUAAUGAUCGGAGCUGUUGAAUUGACAUUUGAGCUGCCAGACAAUGCUAAGCAAUGUUUUCAUGAAGAUAUUACACAAGGAACUAAGUCUACAGUUGAGUUUCAGGUUGUUACCGGUGGACAAUAUGAUGUUGACAUGACUUUAACAGGACCCAGGGAUGAAGUUCUUUACCAAGGAGUUAAAAAGCAAUUUGAUACGUUUACAUGGACUCCUCAACACACAGGAGUUUAUACUAUCUGUUUUAGCAAUGAAUUUUCUACGUUUAGUCAUAAAUUAGUUUAUUUUGAUUUUCAAGUUGGAGAGGAACCUCCUCUUCCAGGCACUGGUGAACACCAAACAGCAUUAACAAAAAUGGAAACGUCAACUGUAAAUAUUCACAACAAUCUCAACACAAUAAUCGAUGCUCAAACUCAUUAUCGUUUAAAUGAGGCUAAAGGAAGCAAGAGAGCUGUAGAUCUGAAAAAUCGUGUCACUUAUUGGUCCACAGCUGAAACUUUCCUUGUUUUCGUCAUUGGUAUUGGCCAAGUGAUGAUUUUGAAAAAUUUCUUCACCGACAAAAAAUCUAACACACCAUAUUGAAUAUACUAGCAUUUAAGAAGUCACCAUUUAUUUUGAAACAGCACUGAAUCCAUAUAACUGUGAAUCAAUCCAAAUAAAUCUAAAGUAUAAAAACUUUUAUUACUCACAAA